AUGGGUUAUCUGUCGACCUGUCCAGAGCCAGAACCUGGGAGCAAGGUGGCAGAGAACAUCUUCCCGAAUAUAAGCUACAAUGAUGGAGUAACGGUGAUUCGGUUCAUUCCAGCGGAUCGUUUGGCACGCUCACGCUUCGAUGCGUUACGACUCAAAAUUGAGAUGGACUGGGCUCCACUCAAUCAACCACUACCCAAGCCUGAUGCCGGUGACUACAUGGCAAUUUGA